CCCACGCGCCGCGUACGGAUACGCGUGCGUUUUCUGUAUGGGCAAAGAAGAAGCAGAGGUGCGCUUCGUUCGAAAUGGCGAAGAAUAUGCGCAACCUCCGCGCCGCGCGCGAAUACGUGGACGUCGUGAUGCAGCGCCUCCGCGACGACGUGCGGCUGCAAGAGAUGGAGCCGAGCGAACUACGCAGCACGGGCGACGGCUCCGACUGGAAGCUCCACGACGGCACCGUCCGAGGCCUGGGCCGGGUCAGCCACGACGGCAGGCCGUGGCUGGUCGAGGUGCUGCCGCACAACGAAGGCGACGCCGACGCACCGACGCCGGAGGAGCGAUUCGACGUGGCCGCCACGGUGUUGGUGCGCGACUGCGAGUUUGAAGCCUUGUACGACUACACGGGCGUCGCGCAGCAGGUCUCGGGCAAGGUCACCGGAAAAGUGGAGAUCGUGCGCGUGUACAUGCUCAUUGGCCACCCCAAGGGGCCAGAUGAUGUGCCUGAGCUGAAGGUGUUCGACACGAAGGAGUUCAUGGGCCUGACGCUUGCCAAGGUGAGCGUCGGCAUACUUCACCAGAAGUUCAUCACAGAAGCCACCGCUCAGGCUGUGCGCAGCUGCAUUGAGCAAGCGAUGACAUCACGUGUGGCACCGCUGCUGGCCACCGUGCUCAAAGGCAUCGCUUUCCCAGACUUCACCUAAGUGCAGCAUUAACAAGAUCAAAUGUGGCCUCCAAAAGAGUGUCUAAGGAUUUGUCUAAAUUACUGGAUAAAAUGGCGCUUAUUGGACAACAGUGCAUCAAAGCUUUUGAUCAUGGGCAUGGCCUCUGAGAUCACAACAUCGCGAUCUCGGAGGCCACGUGAUAGGAGUGUUUGUGUGCGCGUUUGUGUGUGAUAGGAGUGUUCUGUGUGCAAAGUACUUUGGUAACACAACCGCUCUUGCCUACCUUCCCUACCAGAAAUAAAUUGGAGUGAGUGCCCACAUUAAGGCUCGUACACACCUAGACAGUGUGUGCUGCCCUGCCUGUAUAGUAAUGUUCAAUAUGAGCUGCAUUCCUGUGCCCACGUUUGAAGAAGUUCCAAGACUGCACAGGCACCGAUAUAUGAAAAGUUGGCAAACUAAACAGUGUUUCCUUUGCAUGGUAUUUAAUAUACCACUUUUUUGUAUACCGGCAUUGCCGAGCAGUCUAGGAGCCAUUUCGGCUGUGGGCGGUACUUCGCAGAGACUUCAUCUUGUCUGACAGUCCAGGGGGCACUUAAAAGUGGUAAGCAAUGACCACACCUUGAGUUGGCUGGCAAUUUUAAAGGAUUCUUGAGGUCGCCUAGCAAGAUUGAGUCGACUCCAGGAAUUCAACAUUACCAUGGCUUAUAAGUCCGGACGGAAGCAUUCUGAUGCCGAAUGCCAGUCGCGCACCCCUAUUCCUCCACCACCGCAAGGUAAACUGGGCGACAAUGCCUUCCUAGGAACAAUAACCGCAGACGACUUCACCGAACAGCAACGAGCAGACCCAGAGUUAGAAAGCCUUGUGGAGUACUUUGAAGGCAAGACCGUUGUUGUCACUGGGUCUUUUGGCGUGGACUGUCUUAUUUUUCCAUGCGCAACCAUGUCUUCAUAAAGAACAUUUCACCCAUCCAUGUCAGCUACCUUCUCGUUGUGCCUUCAGCUCCGCGGCCUGAGGUUCUCCAUGCCCUUCAUGAACAUCCAAUUGCUGGGCACCUUAGAUUUUCCUGUGCAUUUGGUAGGAUUCAGGCGAAGUAUUACUGGCCACACCUUGCCAUCGACGUCGUCUGUUACGUCAAGACAUGCCGAGACUGUCAGUGAUGCAAGACACGGCCAACAAGGCCAGCGGGAUUGCUCCAACCAAUCGAGCCUCCUUUCCGACCAUUCCAGAAGAUCGGAAUGGACUUGCUUGGACCUUCUUCGACGCCAACAUCCAGAAAUAAGAGGAUUGUCGGGGCAACGGACUACCUUACCCACUUAGCUGAAACAAAAGCUCUGCCAGAAGUGCAGCCGAAGUGGCGAAAUUAUUCGUCCAGAACAUCCUGUAGUGACAUGAUGCCACAGAAGUCCUCAUCACUGACAGACGAACAGUCUUUACAGCAGAGCUCACCCAAGAAAUGCUGCAAUACAGCCAGACAAGUCACAGGAGGUCAACUACCUAGCACAAGUAGACUAAUGGUCUUAUGUACGAAGCGGCUGAACAAGACUCUCGCCUACGUAUUAGCAAGGUAUGUAUGUUGACAUUGAGCACAAGGCGUAGAAUGCCGUCCUUCCGUACAUAACCUUCGCUUACAACACAACAGUGCAAGAAACAAUGCAGACCACACCGUUCAAGCUGGUUUACGGGAGGAACCCAAUGACGACUCUCUAUGCCACGCUGCAGUGCAUCACGACAAAGAAAAUCUCAACAGCUCGCUUGCCUGUACAUCAAGAACCAGCAGAGGGCCAGCAGCUGGCAUUACAAUCUUCAACAACACUACCUGGAGCACCAGCCUGGCGACCAUGCUUGGGUUUGCACUACAAUAAGCCCAUGAGGACUUAGCAAGAAACUUUUGUGAUGCUAUUUCGGACCCUACAAGAUUAUCCGAUGUGUUGGCUCACUGGACUAUGAAGUUGUGCCAGAUGGUAUUUCACAAUCACAGAGGCGCCACUAACAGCCUGAAAUAGUUCAUGUUGUGCACCUUAAGCCCUUACCAAUUUGUUAGCCCUACCAGCGCUAACAAACUCUGGGACUUUGUUUUUGUUUUUUAUUUUCUUUACUCCAUGUGCUUCAGUUUCUUGCUCUCGUGUUUGUAGCAUUUAGACAAUGCUCAAUAAAGAAUUAGACAAUGCCCAAUAAAGAAUUAGUCAUGUGAUCCA